GAGAGCUCUUGGCUCUAGCAGAAUCCAGAAUGAAGACUUUUGAUGCAAAUGACCUGUAUCAGGGACAGAAUUUCAGCAAAGUUCUCAGCUCUCUUGUGGCUUUAAAUAAGGUGACUGCAGACAUAGGGCUGGGCAGUGACUCUGUAUGCGCACGUCCGUCAUCUCAUCGGAUAAAAUCUUUUGAUUCUCUGGGAUCCCAGUCUCUACACAGUAGAACUUCAAAACUCUUUCAGGGACAGUAUCGGAGUUUGGACAUGACGGAUAACAGCAACCAUCAGUUGGUGGUGAGAGCAAAAUUUAAUUUUCAACAGACAAAUGAAGAUGAACUUUCUUUUUCAAAAGGAGAUGUUAUUCAUGUUACAAGAGUGGAAGAAGGAGGCUGGUGGGAAGGAACUUUAAAUGGCAAAACAGGGUGGUUUCCAAGUAACUACGUGCGAGAAAUAAAAUCAAAUGAAAAACCGGUCUCCCCCAAAUCAGGUACAUUGAAGAGUCCACCUAAAGGCUUUGAUACGUCUGCAAUUAACAAAAGCUAUUACAAUGUGGUGCUACAAAAUAUAUUAGAAACAGAAAAUGAAUAUGCUAAGGAGCUACAAACAAUGCUUUCAAACUACCUGCGACCAUUACAAGCCAGUGAAAAGUUAAACUCGGCAAAUACUUCAUACUUAAUGGGAAACCUGGAAGAAAUAAGUUCUUUCCAGCAAAUGCUUGUACAGUCUUUAGAAGAAUGCACCAAGUUGCCUGAAGCUCAGCAGAGGGUUGGAGGAUGUUUUCUAAAUUUGAUGCCACAAAUGAAAAGCUUAUACCUUGCAUACUGUGCCAACCAUCCAUCAGCAGUAAAUGUUCUCACAGAACACAGUGAGGAGCUAGGAGAAUUCAUGGAGACGAAAGGUGCCAACAGCCCUGGGAUCCUUGUACUGACCACUGGCCUCAGCAAACCUUUUAUGCGUCUGGAUAAAUACCCCACGUUACUCAAAGAACUUGAAAGGCACAUGGAGGACUAUCAUCCGGAUCGCCCAGAUAUUCAAAAAUCCAUGACUGCCUUCAAAAAUCUUUCUGCACAAUGUCAAGAAGUACGGAAACGGAAAGAACUUGAACUUCAAAUACUGACAGAAGCUAUCCGUUGUUGGGAGGGAGAGGAUAUUAAAACACUUGGCACUGUGAUUUACAUGUCCCAGGUCAUGAUUCAGUGUGCUGGAAGUGAGGAGAAGAAUGAAAGGUAUCUUCUUCUCUUCCCUAACAUUUUGCUGAUGUUGUCUGCCAGCCCGAGAAUGAGUGGGUUUAUCUAUCAGGGAAAACUGCCAACGACAGGAAUGACUAUUACAAAGCUAGAAGACAGUGAAAACCAUAAAAAUGCAUUUGAAAUAUCAGGAAAUAUGAUUGAAAGGAUACUAGUGUCUUGUAACAACCAGCAAGAUUUGCAUGAAUGGGUGGAUCAUCUGCAGAAGCAAACCAAAGUCACAACUGUUGGGAAUCCCGCCAUUAAACCUCACUCUGUGCCAUCUCACACACUUCCUUCCCAUCCAGUAACACCCUCCAGCAAGCAUUCAGACAGCAAGCCAAUACCACUGACUCCUGCAUACCACACUCUCCCUCAUCCGUCACAUCAUGGGACUCCACAUACCACGAUAAACUGGGGACCUCUGGAACCUCCGAAAACCCCCAAGCCUUGGAGUCUGAGCUGCUUACGACCUGCACCUCCAUUACGGCCUUCAGCAGCUCUCUGUUAUAAAGAGGAUCUCAGUAAAAGCCCUAAAACCAUGAAAAAGCUGCUUCCCAAACGCAAGCCAGAACGGAAGCCAUCAGACGAAGAGUUUGCACUGAGAAAAAGUACAGCUGCUUUAGAAGAGGAUGCUCAAAUUCUUAAAGUCAUUGAAGCAUAUUGCACAAGUGCCAAAACACGUCAAACACUAAAUUCAAGUUCCCGUAAAGAAUCAGCUCCUCAAGUCCUGCUUCCAGAAGAAGAAAAAAUUAUUGUAGAAGAAACUAAAAGUAAUGGUCAGACUGUUAUAGAAGAGAAAAGCCUUGUUGACACAGUAUAUGCAUUAAAGGAUGAAGUACAGGAGUUAAGACAGGAUAACAAAAAGAUGAAGAAAUCAUUAGAAGAAGAACAAAGAGCUCGGAAGGACUUGGAGAAGCUUGUUAGAAAAGUUCUAAAGAACAUGAAUGAUCCAUCCUGGGAUGAAACCAACUUAUAACUACCUUUUUUUUUUUCUUUGUUUUUCCCUUUUUCUUUCUAUUGAAAGACCAGUUGUAAAACUGAGCUGGGAAGCCUUCUGACAUUAGUCAGUGUUGCAUCAAGAGCACUACAAAACAGGAUUUAACUGGAUCUAGUGAUUUCUUGCUCUGAACAUGUAGAAACAGUCAAGCCAUUUACUGAAGCAAUCUGUACUUUAAGCGUGGAGACCGUGGAUCCUGAACUGUACUAAACUUAAUUUGUUUGCAUCUAAAUUACCUCAUUUUGCAGGAAGCGCAGCACCUGACUAAAAGUCCAUGUUUUUUCAGUGGCUUUUUAAUUAAAUAUAUAUUUUUCUUGUAAAUAUCUGUAAUUUUGAAUGCAUAUGUGAUUGAUGUAUCAGGGCCGAUAUGUUAUUUUUUUUUUCUCUUGUUAUUAUAAUGGUCACAAGUGUUAGAAAUGAGGGCAGUACUGUCUUACCUAAGAAAGGUCAGAGUUCUUUGUGGAUAAUGAUGGAUUUGUUCCAAAUUACCCACUCACUCAUCACACAUGCAAAUUUAACAACCUGUUUUUCCUAUCGACCACUGUAUUUAAAUCCUUUGCUGUUAUUUAUGUCUGUGCAUACAUUUUUAAACAGUUUACAAUUCUUUAAGAACAGUAUUAAAAUACAGGAAAUUGUUUAUUGACAGUAGAAAUGAUUUUUAACACAGCGAAUGCCCAUGACUUACGUUCACUUACACUUGUUUGGCAGACUAAUCUGUUGUGCUUUGGCCACCAAAAGACUGAUGUACUUGCCUGCUUUUUAUGACUGUGAUUUUUAGGUGUUUAUGUACUACAUUUUCUAUUGUCGUGCUUAAACAUACAGCUGGCUGAUAAUUUAAUAGAUCAUACAGUUUGUUAAAGCAAAAAAAAAA